AUUUAAAUUUGACCCGCACGCGCCAACAGUGAGUGACAAAUGAGCCUAGGUCUUGCCAGAGAAGAUUUUCUUAUAUAGCAUGCCUUUGUGUUUAAGGUUUUCAGACACGUAUCUAUUUAUUCAUGAAAUCAUCACGCAUUGUGUGACAGUGUUAAGUUAUGCAUGGAGCUGUUGAGAGUUUGAACGAAUUAUAAGGAAGAGUAUGGGGAAUGAAAUAUGUUCGAUUUCUAAUGCUUAUGAUAAAGCAAACCCAAAACUGCAGAGAUCGCCAGAAAUCACAAAGGACAUAUAAGGAUAGAUCUAGUCAGAGUAAGUUUGGAAAGAUUUCCAUAUAACCCCAUACCAAUCAAAAACAAAGCCCUUGUCCCAAAGAAAAUCUGUUGUUUUGCCUCUGCUUAAUCCUUUAUCCAAGAAUUGAAUGCAUUAUUAUAAGCAUGGGGUUAAUUAUGGAAUUCUUGCCAUAAGUUUUAUUAAUCUUACGCGUAAAAUGUUCAUGAUUGCCGAAUUUUAAACAUUAUAAAUCGACCCUAGUCUUCCUUCUAAUGCACUCAAAUUCUCAAUGGUUCCUCAUACAACGUACCAGUAACAUUGCUCACAUAAUGCUCAAUGCUCUCAUGAAUUAAUCUUUCACUUUUCUUGAGACAUGAGCUAGAGACACCUGUGAACCAAGAAGUCAUAUUGUACAUGAAGAUAGAAAGGAUAUUAGAUCAGAUACAUCUCUUAUUUCUGGAGAAGGGAUAGAGGUGGGGGAAUUGGUGAGUUUAGACCUCAAAUAAAAGUGACAAGGAUGCAACUUAAAUCUCUCUGAGAGGUUCAAACUUUAAAAUGACCUGAAAAAAAUGUCUUGUUGUUUUGUUACUCUUGAUACUCUCUGGAACCUAACUGCCCCUUGGGAUAUGAAUUAAACUGGUGGCUUGUUAGGAGCUUUAUCCAGAGGGAAAGGGUAUUAGAAAAGUUGGUCAUCUGGCAAUAAAAUUUAGAGAACUGGGUCAGGUUGUUCAAAGCAUGAUUAAGCUAAUCAGAGGUUAGCCAAGAAUUUGUUAUUUAGUUUUGUAGCUUUACAAAUAGUUUUGAUUGUUUACAUUUUUUCUCAAUCUCUCAUCUCACAUUAAGGUAAAACCCCUCAAAAUGUAGGCCCUACUAUAAUGUGCACUUUAUUUGGGGAAAAAUUAAGGACAAGUUAAAAAUUCAAUCCUGGGUUAUUGUCAACCACUUUUGUAUAACUGCAACCAGAACAGGAUUUUUGUUUUUGAAAUCCUGUAAAGAAUGUCCAUAACCAAAGGUUGAACUUCAGCCCUCAAUUAGAGAGGUUAACUAGAUGGAGUGCUAUGAGGAAAUUUAAUUAAGUCAUCAUGAUAACUCAACAGCAAUUUGAGGAGGAGCAAGAAGAGGAAUUGAGAAUGUAUCAGCCAGGAAGCCGACAGACAGAAGCAGACAAAAUAACCGACCUUAAAUCAUUACACCGCAAACUGCAAGAUAACUUAAUCCUGUUAGUAAGACAUCAAAAGGAUUCAGUAACAUGGGAGCUGCCUUGUGGUGAAGUUACAAACACCAGCGACACUCUUCAACAGGUAGCAUCAGAAAGUUUAAGUGAAACUUGUGGCACUGAUCUGAAAGUUCAGUUUCUUAGCAACGCACCAAUUGCUGUGAUGAAAAAAUACAAGAACAAAAAUGACAAGGUGUUUUUCUACAAAGUGAACUAUGUGACAGGUUGUGUCAGACUACAGGAAGGCUACUUUGAUCACAUCUGGGUGACAAGGAAAGAAAUGAAAGACUUUGUUGAUGCAGAUUAUUUUAAGACAAUUAAACGGUUUAUAUUUUAAAUGUUAAUGUAAAAACAAGCCAAGGAUCAGUUUUAUUAAAUAAAUUGUCUCUUCAUCAUCAUAA